AUGGAUAUGCUUAAUGAACAUAAUUGUGUAGCCAAGGCAUUUCGUAUGGCACGCGAUUGGUGUUCAGCAAAUGAAGAUCAUCCAUGCGAAUUACGUUUGCUUGCACAGAGAUCCACUUUACGACAAUAUAGCACCCCAAAUGUUUCUGAAAUUGCUGCCUUGGUAACUAACGAUUUUGGGGUGAGUUCUGAGCCUCGAGAUAUUGUAGUCAGCACCACUAACGGGUUCCUACAAAGAAUCUCAGAAUUGCAUCCACUAUACAUGGCCUUACAAUAUCCGUUGCUUUUUCCUUAUGGUGAAUCUGGAUAUCAUGAAGCAAUCCCAUAUUUCUCAAACACUGGUAGGAGGAAAACAAAGAGGACAUGCUUGACAAUGCGAGAGUUCUAUUGUUACAGAAUUCAUUAUCGACCUAAUGAAGGAACAACUUUGUUAAGAGGCGGCCGUCUCUGUCAACAAUACUUGGUGGAUUCUUAUACUGCAGUUGAAGAACAACGACUCCGAUACGUUAGGACUCAUCAAACUGAACUUAGGGUAGAACUAUAUGACAGUGUGUGUGACGCCGUCACACGCGGUGACACAAACGCAAAGGCACUUGGUCAACGAAUAGUUUUACCCGCGAGUUUCACAGGAAGCCCCAGGUAUAUGGUGCAAAAUUAUCAGGACGCCAUGGCCCUAUGCAGGAAAUUUGGAAACCCGGAUCUGUUCAUAACCUUUACCGCAAAUCCCAAAUGGCCCGAAGUUGGCCAUAUGUUAUCAUUCAUUCCGGGACAGAAGUCUCAUGAUCGUGCAGAAGAUGUGGGUCGUGUGUUUAAAAUGAAACUCGACGACAUGAUGUAUGAUAUCAUGAAGAACAAUGUUUUUGGGCAGGCCUUGGCAGGUGUGUACACAAUCGAGUUCCAGAAGCGUGGACUCCCACAUGCUCAUAUUCUAAUAUGGCUAGACGAAAAGGCAAAAUGCAAAACCCCGGCUGAUAUAGAUGACAUAAUUUCUGCGGAGAUCCCUUUGGAAUCUAUUGAUCCAAGAGGAUAUAAGGCUGUGACUGAUUACAUGCUACAUGGACCGUGCGGCCCGGACGCUAAAGAUGCGUCAUGUAUGAACAUGGGGAAGUGCAUGAAACAUUUCCCAAAACCAUUUUAUCAGGAAACAACAAUCGAUGAAGAUGGCUAUGCUGUUUAUCGUAGAAGGAAGACGAACAAUACUGUCUUAAAAUACAAAAUCCCCCUUGAUAACCGAUUUGUAGUCCUAUACAAUAGAUACUUGCUCCUCAAAUAUGAUGCACACAUAAAUGUCGAGUGGUGCAACAGAUCCAAGGCAAUAAAAUACUUAUUCAAGUAUUUAAACAAAGGUCCCGAUAGAGCGACAAUUGUUUUUCAUGAUAAUCUGAAGGAAGAUGGCAAAACACAGUCCACAAUUAUUACCAAGGUUGAUAAAGUCAAGAAUUACCUCGAUUGCCGUUAUUUAUCACCAUGUGAGGCAGUGUGGCAUUUGUUUGCACUUGACAUACACUACUGUAAACCAUCAGUGGUAAAACUAACCUACCACCUUCCUGAAAAACACACCCUCACACUACGCGACUCGGAAAGCCUACCUGCUUUACUUAGGAGGCCAGGAAUCAAGGAUACAAUGUUCACCAAAUGGUUUGAGCUGAACAGGAGAGAGAAGCACGCCAGACAAUACAAAUAUUCAGAAAUCCAGCCGAAUAUGUAUGGGUUAGUAAAGAUAACUAUUGGGAAAAAAGGAGGAGGAGAAAGAACACCGUUGGACGGAUUGUGUACUGCGGUACUAUUGAGGAUGUUGCUAAACGUGGUCAAAGGACCACAGAGUUAUAAAGACCUGAAGACAGUCAAUGGGAGGGUGUGUGAAUCAUUUAAGGAAGCAUGCUAUGCAUAUGGAUUGCUAAAUGAUGAUCGCGAGUGGGGUGAAGCAAUUACAGAAGCCAAAUCAUGGGCGACUGGGCCACAACUUCGCCAGAUUUUCAUUACCAUGCUGCUGUUUUGUGAGGUCAGUAGUCCUAUUAAUUUGUGGAACGCCCAUUGGGAAGACUUCUGUGAGGAUAUUUUGUAUAGAAAGCGAAAGCUUUUCAUGUUCCCUGGAUUGCAGCUUUCAGAUGAGCAGAAAAAGAACUACUGUUUAAUGGACAUUCAAGAUCUGCUCCACAAAAACGGAAAAUCCCUCGAAGAUUAUCCAGAUCUUCCAAAACCUGAUCCAGCCUUAGUAACUAAUGACGACAACCGCUUGAUAAGAGAAGAGUUGACGUACAAUCGAAUGGCUGAAGCGGUGGAGCAUGAACAGCUUUAUGCAAGCCUGAACUCUGAUCAACAUUCUAUAUAUGAGCAGGUUCUGAAAUCUGUUCACACUAAAACGGGAGGCUUUUAUUUUGUGUAUGGCCCAGGAGGUACAGGAAAGACAUUCUUAUACAAGGCAAUCAUUACACGACUAAGAUCCGAAGGAUUGAUUGUCCUGGCAGUAGCAUCAUCAGGAAUUGCUGCGCUGCUACUUCCUGGAGGUAGGACAGCACAUAGUCGGUUUGUUAUACCCUUGGAGCUUUUUGAAACCAGCACAUGUGGGAUAAAACAAAACACACAUCUAGCAGAGCUAAUGCAGCAGGUAAAACUAAUCAUAUGGGAUGAGGCACCCAUGUGUCAACGGUAUGCUUUCGAGGCACUAGACAAAUCCUUAAAAGAUAUUCUAGGUUACAAGGACCCCACAAACAGAACACGUAUAUUUGGGGGCGUGACAGUUUUACUAGGUGGAGAUUUCCGACAGAUUUUGCCUAUUAUACCCAAAGGUAAGAGACAAGAAAUUGUGCAAGCGUGCGUCAACAAGUCUGAAUUAUGGAAACAGUGUCAGAUGUUCACUCUAACACGAAGCAUGAGAGUAAAUGAGCUGACUACAUCUGGAGACAUUGACACUCGGAAGCAACAGUUUAACAAAUGGGUCCUAGAUGUCGGUGAUGGGGCUGUACCUGCAAAAGCAAAACCAGGGGAAGACGAGCCCACUUGGAUUAAAAUCCCUCAGAACUUCAUCAUCGACUAUACAACGUCUCCAAUUGAUGAAAUUAUUUCAGAGACCUUCCCAGACUUUCUAGAAAGACAAGAUGAUGAAGAAUAUUUAAGGGAAAGAGCUAUCCUGACCCCCAAAAAUGAUGAUGCGGAUGAGAUAAACGAGACUAUGCUUAACAAACUUAACCGUCCAGGCAAGACCUACAAAAGCUCGGAUGAAGUAUGCAAAGCGUCUACCGAUAGUACAGAACAAGAAUCAUUGUACCCGGUUGAGUUUUUAAACACCUUAACUUUCCCUGGUAUGCCACCACAUGAGUUGCAUGUGAAAGAAGGGCUACCAGUCAUGCUGUUGCGGAAUGUGAAUCCAGCACAGGGCUUAUGCAACGGUACACGUCUUCUGAUUACUGGGUUGGGCAGGUUCAUUAUUAAAGCCAGAAUCAUAACCGGAUCAAACAUUGGAGACACAGCCUUAAUACCAAGAAUCACUCUGUCCUCAACAAAAAGCAAAUGGCCAUUCAUAUUUAAAAGGCGACAAUUCCCGAUAAAACCGUGCUACGCCAUGACUAUUAACAAAAGUCAGGGACAACCACUGAAUUUCGUUGGCCUUUACUUGCCGAAACCAGUUUUCAGCCACGGACAACUCUAUGUUGCUCUUUCUAGAGUAACAACACCCGAAGGUUUUAAGGUCCUCAUGAUCGAAGACAACGACACAAACCUCAAACAUCAUACAAGAAACAUUGUAUACAAAGAGGUCUUCAACAACUUAUUUAACUGA